GCGGCAUUUCAGCAGGGAGAUUUACACCAAAAAUGACUGGAUUUGUGGGUGCAACACGAAGAAUGCCCUUUUCUGCUUUCCUUGCAUAUUUUUCGGCGGUAGGUGUUACAGAUUCGGUGCACCUGAUUGAAAAAGUUAGGAAGCAUGAAAACUCUAAAACACAUCUUCAUAAUUCGAUGGAAUUGGCUUUAUUGGGGCUGUUAACAUCAGAGCUCAGUUAGAUUCAGCAUAUUGGAGAAAUAUACAACAGCAUAAACAUACCGUUACAAAAAA